CCUCACUCAAACUUGAUCUCUCUCUUCAUCCUCCUCGACCAGUUCAUCAAUCUCAAAAGUCCAGUGCCACCAUGUCUGAAAAGCCCACAUACGUCCUGACCCGGGAUUAUCUCGAUAACAUCCGGUUGAACCUGCAUCACUACCUUUGCGUUGAGCUCUUUGGAUACCACACCCAUCCCCAAAUCCCCUUGAAUGGCGACAAUCUGAGGAUCGCAGAUCUUGGCACCGGUACCGGCAUCUGGCUCCAGGAUAUCGCCCGCCGCGUGCCUGCCUCCGCGCAACUGGACGCACUCGAUGUCUCUUUCGACGCGGUACCGCCCAAGGCGUGGCUGCCGGCCAACAUGCGCACCAUCGAAUGGGACGUGAAACAGGAUCCCCCGGCCGAGCUCGUGGGCGUCUACGAUGUGGUGCACAUCCGCCAUUUCACCCUGGUCCUACUGGACGAGGAGGUGGGCCCGGUGCUGGAACGGAUCUACAAGCUUCUCAAACCCGGCGGCUACCUCCAGUGGACCGAAGUCGACAUGGGUUCGUUCCGGGUGGAGAGCACCGAGCCGAGCAACCCGACCGCGGCCCUGAACCGGCUCCUCAAGAUCUCUGAGGGCCACGAUCCUCGCCUGCGUCCGCGCUGGGUCCCAAGCCUGCCGGCCAAGGCGGCUGCCGUCGGCUUUCACGAGGUCCACGUCGACGCCCGUGAUGCCGCCCCGGACCUCGCCCUCCCCCUGCACGAUUGCAAUCUCCUUAUCAACGCCAUCUUCGCCCGCAAGUUCAAGAACCAGCAGGUCGCUCAGGUGUUGGAGGAGCUAAUGCCCGAGGUCGAGCGGGAGACCAAGUUGGGCUCGUGCUGGGCGUUUACCAGACAUACGGUGAUCGGACGGAAGCCGGAGGCUUAGGGUUGCUGACCGGCUGUACAUGUUAUGUUCUCUUGACCGGAC